UCACUUCGGGUGCGACGCUUGUCUGGUGCUGAAUAAAUUCACGUUGCGCGUCGCCACUGAAUAAUAUCUGGAACUUCUAAAUAUAUGUGCCAGCACCCACAUAUUAAAGAAUAGAUUGCGUUUCCUAGGCGAUUCCAAAAUGCCUUCCAGCUGCUCUUUUGAGCUCGAUCGCCGCGAACCCAUUUACUACAGUGGAGAGACGGUCAAUGGAAUUGCCAUUUUGACAACAACAUCUGAAAAGUCUGUAAACGAGGUAUACAUUCUUUUCGAGGGCGAGGCCAAGGUGCGAUGGGAUGAGCGGCGAACAAGGACAAGAGGUGGAAAGACCGAGCACUACACGGAGUAUUUCCGAGGCAAGCAGCAGUACUUGUACACCCGGACAUCGGUCUUUGGAUCCGGGAAUCUGCCGCCAGGUACGCACACCUACAACUUCUGCAUUCCACUGCCCCUGGAAUGCCCCUCUUCAGUGGUGGCGCAGUACGGAAAAAUCUUCUACGAGGUAUCCGUGAUCAUCGAUCGCCAGUGGCGCUUCAACAACGUCUUCAAGCAGCCACUGACGGUCAUACAGACCUACAACCUCAACAUGAGCCCCCAAUUGCUGAUGCCCCUAGUCCGAGAGGACAUCAAGCACUUUUGCUGUUGGCCCUGCAGUUCAGGCCCGGUUCUAUCGACGCUAACAAUACCCUUUGGUGGUUAUGCGCCUGGUCAGAAGAUACGCUUUACUCUGGAGAUUGACAACCAGUCGAGUGGUUAUGAUCUGGAUGGCAUCGAAGUGAAACUAAAGCAGAUCUACAAAUUCCAAGCUCAGACGCCGCACCAUAAAACCCGCGAAAUGGAGCACAGCCUGAACAAAAGUUGCCAGCAGGAGCGUGUUUUGAGGCUCUCGAAGAAAAAAAUUGAAGGAACCCUGGCUAUACCAGCGGUACCUCCCUCUUCCCGCUCCGAAGGCAUCAUUUCCGUUAGUUACCAAGUGAUCCUCACGAUCAGCACUGGCGACUGCCACGUGGACUCGGACUUCGAGGUGCCGAUUGUAAUUGGCACCAUACCAUUGAUCCAAAGUGCCGAGAAUCCCGCCAGUGCAGCACAAUGGAUACCGGAAACACCGGACACUCCGGCCGGAGCAGCCGCAGAUCUGCCUCCCAGUUAUGACAAGUGCAAACCACCAACCUUCGAGGAGGCCACAAACUUUGGUGAAAGGUUCAUCGACAUCGAUCAGGAUGAGCACAAUCGCACGGAUGACUUUAUUCCGCGUUACCCCAUGUACACCAACUUUGCCAUGCCAUCGGCUCCACCUCAACCCCCUGAAGAGUUCGGUGCCAAUAAACCAGUUCCCGUUCUGUCACUACCUCAUGAUAACACAGCCCCAUUGAUCGGUCAAAAUAAUACUGACCGCACAUCACGAUCCUACGGUUGGAACGCUAACUCUUGAAAAAAAGAAGACAUAAUCUCAUCAAAUGAUUUUACUUUGGAUGUUACUUAUAAACAUAGUUUAGCCGUCUAUCGUGUUUCUGCUAAGAAACUAAAUCUCAGGAAUAUAUUUAACUUCUACAACCAAAUACAACUAUAAAUACUCAAAUUCUUAGAAUCCAUUGUUAAAAAUCGUAUCUAACAAGGCAGAUUGAACUUUGCGCUACAAUGUUCUUAGACAGCAAAAAUGUAUAUUUCAGUUUUCAAUAACAAAAUAUUAAUUAUUUAAUCUAAGAACCUUUGAAUAAGUCAACAACAAUGAAAUUUGCUAGUUUAGAAAGUCAUCAAUGAACAAAAUUCCCCUGAAAAUAUAUUUUAAAUUCCAUAUUCUUAGCGAAACA